ACGAGCUCAGUCCCACCGGAUCAAGACGCCGGCGCCGAUGACCGCGAAUCCAUCCAUCUCCUGCCGCCCGAUGAUGGUGAUGGGAAAACCACGAGCAUUGAAAUCGAGGCCGUAGAUUCGCCCGAAAAGCUCCCGCCGCCGUUCUCCUGGAGAAAGCUAUGGGAAUCUGGAGGGCGACGUCCAAGCCGGCGCGAUUGCGGGCUACUCUCUCCUCUGGCUCCUCAUGUGGUCCACAGUCAUGGGCCUGCAGAUCCAGCUCUUGUCCCUCCGCCUCGGCGUUGCCACCGGCCGCCACUUGGCUGAACUCUGCCGGGAAGAGUACCCCCAAUGGGCCUCCGUUGCGCUCUGGUUCAUGGCGGAGGUGGCCUUAAUUGGGGCGGAUAUACAAGAAGUGAUCGGUAGCUCUAUUGCCAUCAAUAUUCUCACUAAUGGCUCUGUUCCUCUAUGGGGUGGAGUCCUAAUCACUGCUUUUGAUUGUUUUGAUCGCAACGAUGGCAUUAUCCUUUGCAUGGAUGUUCCUAGACACAAAGCCAAGUGGGGAGGAACUGAUGUUAGGUCUCCUUAUACCAAGGCUUAGCCCAAACACAAUUCAGAAGGCGGUUGGGGUUGUUGGGUGUGUGAUAACACCUCACAACGUGUUCCUAUAUUCUGCGUUGGUCCAGUCAAGGAGAAUCGACCCAAAGAAGAUUGGGAAGGUGCAAGAGGCCAUCAACUAUUACACCAUUGAAUCAUCCACAGCUGUUCUUGUGUCAUUCACACUCAACUUGGCUGUGACGACCAUUUUUGCCAAGGGAUUCUAUGGAACUUCUCAAGCAGAGAGUAUAGGGCUCUUGAACGCAGGGCAGUACCUUCAAGAGAGAUAUGGUGGUGGGUCGUUCCCGAUUUUGUACAUAUGGGGAGUUGGUCUUCUGGCGGCUGGCCAGAGUAGCACCAUGACCGGUACAUAUGCUGGACAGUUUAUAAUGGAAGGCUUUCUCAACCUGAGGAUGAAGAAAUGGGUUAGAUCAAUGAUAACUAGAAGUUGUGCCAUUGUCCCAACCAUAGUUGUUGCUGUUGUUUUCAAUAGGUCUCAAGAUUCGUUGGAUUCUCUAAAUGAAUGGCUUAAUGUGGUUCAAGGCAUGCAAAUCCCAUUCGCGAUCAUACCUCUUUUGACGUUGGUUUCAGAUGAGCGUACCAUGGGAGUAUUCAGAAUCGGAACGACCAUAGAGAGGAUUGUUUGGAGCAUUGCAGCCAUGGUAAUCCUGAUUAAUGGAUAUGUUAUGCUCAACUUCUUCUUCUCUCAUGUUCAUGGCCUUUUUCUUGGUUCUGCGGUCUGUAUGGUAGCCCUGGGAUACGCAGCCUUCAUCUCAUAUCUCGUAUCGCACCAUGCUGACUUCAAGUGGAUUUUCACACUUACAAGGCUAGAAGUUGAGCCAACAAUCUCCCAAUUUAGUUUGGGAAGAUUUGACCCUAGCAGAGCUGUUAAAUGACUGAGGAACAUUGUUGAUAUGGAAGGCCAAUAUUUUUUUUAAGAGAGGAAGAGAAUCUCACAGUGAUACUUGAUAGAAUGAUGAUACUUCAUACUAUUACUUGUAGAUUAUAGAAGUAUACUUUGUCACUCGAAAAACUUUAUAUUGGACCCCAUAUGUGGAACAUAAACAAAAUUCGAGGGCAAAUGUGGUGUCUUGCAAACGAGCAUAUAUAUGUACUGAGCUGUUUCAAUGUGUUUUUGCUAUUAAAAAAACUUCUGAAAUGGUGUAUAAUUGAUUAGUCAUUACAACAAAAUGUAAGGAUCUCUGCUGUCUUCUUUAAAAUAGAGGGACCUGAGAGCUAUUUCAACAAAACUCGCGUCACCCGUGAGUAAUUUUCUACACUAUUUUGGUUGUCAAAAUUGCAUCACAAAUGGCUAGACACAAUCGUGGAUCCAAUAGUUGCUCCAGUCUGUUCAGGAUUUGGUUCGUGGACCUCCAAUUGUGCCAAGUCAAAUUCCCUUUGAGUUACAAAUUAU